AAUAUUUCAUUUGGCGCCAAAAGCGAGCUCAUUCCGCUGCCUUCAAUGGCGACGUUCACACUUAAGCUAAACUUCCUGGGAAAUAUUCUGGUGCGAUUCGUCUCUUUCAUAGUUCUCGUGUUCCUCGCUCGUUUUGCUUGCAUAUUCACCGUCAAAGGCAAAUCAUGCAACUCCGGCGACUUUUGCUUCUUGCCGGAAACUCUAACUCUCAACAUCGCCGGUUCAAAUCCUAAUUCCAUCUCCGGCGACGUUGAAUUACCGGAUUACGGUACCGAUCUACGAAACUACUACUACUCCGUCUUCCUAGAUCUCAUCUCCGACGGUUUCCUCUCGCUUAACUCUCAGUCUCUGUGUAUUGAAACCUUUACUGGAAAAGACAUAGAGGCGUUGAUCGACGUCGGAGUCAUAAAUUCCAUCGGGAUUUUCCACAAAUCAUCUCCGCCGUUGAUUCGAUACGGUUACGGUCAUCAUCAGCCGUUCGAUGAUAACACUUUUCAUUUCGAAUUCGCCGGAAAUGGAGUACUCGACAGAUCGUCGAAGCCAGUUGAAUUCGCUAAAGAAGUUUCUAGAACAUUGAAGCCUGGGGGUAUUUUCGUCAUUCACACUAUAUCGAAAGAUGAUUACAGUCUCAAUUCGUUGAUUCAAUUGUUCAAUUCCUUGAAAUUGAUCAAGUCAAUUGAAAUUGACAGUUUUGCAACGUGGCAGCCACGGAUACGCCAAGUAAUUUUCAAAAAGGUGACACGAUUCGAACCUAUGAUCCGUCGUACGAAAAACACAUGUUUUAUCCCUGAGUAUAAAAGGGAAUUAAUUCGAAAAGCAGAGUCGUUAAUCGAUGAAGAGCCAUUGAAACCAUGGAUAAAAUUGAAGAGAAAUGUGAAUUAUUUGUCUUCAAUGGUUGAUAUUAGCUUCAAGAAUAAGUACAUAUAUGUUGAUGUUGGAGCAAGGAGUUACAGUUCAAGCAUUGGGAGUUGGUUUAAUAGACAGUAUCCGAAACAGAACAAGACGUUUGAGGUAUACGCGAUUGAGGCUGAUAGGGAAUUUCACGACGAGUAUAGGAGAAAGGGUGUCAAUCUUUUGCCAUAUGCAGCUUGGUUGAGGAACGAGACGUUGUUCUUUGAGAUAGCUCGAGUACAAACUAGGAAGAACGUAGAGAAAGGUCGAGGGAUGGGGAGGGUACAAUCAGCACAAUCAUCGCUGAAUUUCUUAUGGGAUUCGGAUAAGAUUGUGGGGUUUGAUUUUGCUGGAUGGUUGAUGAGUUUGGUUGAUGAAGAAAAGGAUUAUUUGGUUGUAAAAAUGGAUGUAGAAGGGAGUGAGUUUCAUUUGGUACAAAAGUUGAUUGAGAGUGGUGCAAUUUGUUUGAUUGAUGAGUUGUUUCUUGAAUGUCAUUAUAAUAGAUGGCAAAGGUGUUGUCCUGGUAAAAGGAGUACAAAAUAUGACAAGACAUAUAAACAAUGCUUGGAAUUGUAUUCCUCUCUUAGAGAUAUUGGGAUUCUAGUACAUCAAUUGUGGUGAUUUGGUGAAAUUGUAAACUAAAUCUCUAAAGCCUAGUAGUAUUCAUUGAUUCUUUGUAUAUAUAU